GAGGCGGGGUCGGUAUUGUCAUCUCCCUGCGCCUUCCCGCGGCGAGCUGAGCCGCUGGCGCCGUCUGCGUGACGUCACAGGCACUGAUCGCGUGAGCCCGCGGCGGCUGCUGCAAUGGUUGCUGGCUGCCAGGUACAGCAUGUCUAGACUCGGGGCCCUGGGCGGUGUCCGUGCCGGGCUGGGACUGUUGCUGGGUACCGCCGCCAGCCUUGGAUUCCUCUGCGUCCUUUACAGCAAGCGUUGGAAACGGACCCGGCGCCAUGGCCGCAACCAGAGCCUGCCCAACUCCCUGGACUAUACGCAGACUUUAGAGCCCGGACGCCAGGUGAUGCUGCUGCGGGCUGUCCCUGGUGGGGCUGGAGAUGCCGCAGUGCUGCCCAGGCUUCCACGGGAAGGUCAGGAGAAGGUGCUGGACCGCCUGGACUUUGUGCUGACCAGCCUUGUGGCGCUGCGGCAGGAGGUGGAGGAGUUGAGGAGCAGCCUGCGAGGGCUUGCAGGGGAGAUCGUUGGGGAGGUCCGAUCCCACAUAGAAGAGAACCAGAGAGUGGCUCGGCGGCGAAGGUUUCCUUUUGUCCGGGAGAGGAGUGACUCCACUGGCUCCAGUUCUGUCUAUUUCACAGCCUCCUCGGGAGCUACGUUUACAGAUGCCGAGAGCGAAGGGGGUUACACAACAGCCAAUGCGGAGUCUGACAAUGAGCGGGACUCUGACAAAGAGAGUGAGGAUGGGGAAGAUGAAGCAAGCUGUGAGACUGUGAAGAUGGGGAGAAAGGAUUCUCUGGACCUGGAGGUAGAGGCAUCUUCAGGUCUGGUGCCCAGUGCGCUAGAGAAUGGAGCUUCCUCAGGCUUGGAGGAUGUGCUGCCCCUCCUGCAGCAGGCGGAUGAGAUGCACCAGGGUGAUGAGCAUGGCAAGCGGGAGGGCUUCCAGCUGCUGCUCAACAACAAGCUGGCGUAUGGAAGCCGGCAGGACUUUCUCUGGCGCCUGGCCCGGGCCUACAGUGACAUGUGUGAGCUCACUGAGGAGGUGAGCGAGAAGAAGUCAUAUGCCUUAGAUGGAAAAGAAGAAGCAGAGGCUGCGCUAGAGAAGGGGGAGGAGAGCGCUGACUGCCACCUGUGUCAGAGACAACAGAAGUUUCUGGAGCAUGUGGACAAAGCCAUUGCUCUCCAGCCAGAAAAUCCCAUGGCUCAUUUUCUUCUUGGCAGGUGGUGCUAUCAGGUCUCUCACCUGAGCUGGCUAGAAAAAAAAACUGCUACAGCCUUGCUUGAAAGCCCUCUCAGUGCCACUGUGGAAGAUGCCCUCCAGAGCUUCCUAAAGGCUGAAGAACUACAGCCAGGAUUUUCCAAAGCAGGAAGGGUAUAUAUUUCCAAGUGCUACAGAGAACUAGGGAAAAACUCUGAAGCUAGAUGGUGGAUGAAGUUGGCCCUGGAGCUGCCAGAUGUCACUAAGGAGGAUUUGGCUCUGCAGAAGGACCUGGAGGAAUUAGAAGUCAUUUUAGGAGACUAAGCACAUUUCACUGGCCUUCAUGACUUGAUGCCACUAUAAAAGUCAAAGCUUUUUUUUUUCUUAGACCUUCCUGAGAUCAGGCAAAUAUUCAAAUCUGACUCCUGGGUCUGACUGCCACCUACUGCCAUUCCCCAUCAGUUAAUUUAUUCUAACCUCUUAACCUAAUGUAAAAUUGGGGAAGUACUGGUGGCCUGAGUUGCUGCUGUUCUCUCCCUUGAGUGAUCUCUAGGGGGAAAAAAUCAAGAUGCACACCUGCCCCAGGAUUGCACAUGGGUGGAGCCUGCUAGACCUGAGACCUUCCAACUGCUGGUGAGGUGGAUAACUUCAAAGAGCUACGAGAACAAAGCAUAGAACUUGUCACUUUAACUUUUUCACUGACUAAUAUUCAACACACGCAAAUAUAUAUAUAUUCCUAAGAUCAUACCUUACCUACCAGGGUAAAAAGGAGGGAUCAGAGUGGCCCACGGACAUUGCUUUCUUACCACCUAUCAUGUGAAUUCUACCUGUAUUCCUGGGCUGAAGGGCUGGACCACUUGAUGACUUCCAGAGUUCUAGCAGCUUUUGGAAUGAUAGCAGUGGUACAGGGUUUAUGAUGAUUCUAUAAAAUGAUGUCUGAAAAGUUGCCUAGAAUAUAUUUUGUUACAAAUUUGAAAUAAAACAAAUUUGAUGUUAUC